GGUUAGGGAGGGGCACAGUGACCUCCGGAAUUGUUGCCUUUUGGUUGGAAAAAAAAAAAAAAAAAAAGAGAAAAAAAAGAGAGGAUGCUGUUUAAAUGAGGCAUGGAGGAAUGCACGGCUUGUGCAGAGACUGUCAUCAAAGAGGGGAUGCUGAUGAAACAGACCAGCUCCUUCCAGCGCUGGAAGAGACGAUAUUUUAAGCUGCGAGGGCGAACGCUCUACUAUGCAAAGACUGCUAAGUCCAUUAUUUUUGAUGAGGUGGAUCUGACAGAUGCCAGUGUGGCAGAAUCCAGCACUAAGAACGUCAACAACAGCUUCACAAUUAUCACUCCAUGUCGGAAGCUCAUCCUUUGUGCUGAUAACAGAAAAGAGAUGGAAGAUUGGAUUGCAGCACUGAAGACUGUACAGAACCGUGAACAUUUUGAGUCUACCCAGUACAGCAUGGACCAUUUCUCAGGGAUGCACAACUGGUACGCCUGCUCACACGCCCGGCCAACAUACUGCAAUGUGUGUCGGGAAGCGUUGUCUGGAGUCACGUCGCAUGGGCUCUCAUGUGAAGUGUGCAAGUUUAAAGCCCACAAGCGGUGCGCUGUGCGGGCCACCAAUAAUUGCAAGUGGACAACUCUGGCCUCUAUUGGGAAAGAUAUCAUUGAGGAUGAAGAUGGGAUCUCAAUGCCACAUCAGUGGUUGGAAGGAAACCUGCCCGUGAGUGCCAAAUGCACUGUGUGUGAUAAAACCUGUGGCAGCGUCCUGCGUUUGCAAGACUGGCGCUGCCUUUGGUGCAAAGCCAUGGUGCACACAGCGUGUAAAGAGUUGUUGCCAAGCAAGUGCCCUCUUGGGCUGUGCAAAGUAUCUGUCAUUCCUCCUACUGCUCUUAACAGCAUUGAUUCAGAUGGUUUCUGGAAAGCUACUUGCCCACCUUCUUGCACAAGUCCUUUGUUGGUCUUUGUCAACUCAAAAAGUGGAGACAACCAGGGAGUAAAAUUUCUGCGGAGAUUCAAGCAGCUACUGAAUCCAGCGCAGGUAUUUGACCUUAUGAAUGGAGGACCUCACCUUGGUUUACGCUUAUUCCAGAAGUUUGACACUUUCCGGAUCCUGGUUUGCGGUGGGGAUGGAAGUGUUGGCUGGGUUCUCUCCGAAAUUGAUAGCCUCAAUCUUCACAAGCAGUGCCAGCUGGGAGUGCUGCCACUGGGAACAGGGAAUGAUCUUGCUCGCGUAUUGGGCUGGGGAUCUGCUUGUGAUGAUGAUACCCAGCUUCCACAGAUCCUGGAAAAGCUGGAGAGGGCGAGUACCAAAAUGUUGGACAGGUGGAGCAUUAUGGUGUAUGAAACCAAACUCCCUCGGCAGGCCUCCAGUUCCACAGUCACUGAAGAUUUCAGUGAGGAUUCGGAGGUGCAGAAGAUUCUCUUCUAUGAAGACUCUGUUGCUGCUCAUUUGUCCAAAAUUUUGACUUCUGACCAACAUUCAGUGGUCAUCUCCUCAGCCAAGGUGCUUUGCGAGACAGUGAAGGAUUUUGUGGCUCGAGUAGGGAAAGCCUAUGAGAAGGCAACAGAAAGCUCAGAGGAAUCAGAAGUCAUGGCCAGGAAGUGCUCUGUCCUGAAGGAGAAGCUGGACUCAUUAUUGAAGACACUGAAUGAUGAAUCUCAGGCAUCUUCAUCUCUGCCAAACCCUCCUCCCACCAUUGCAGAGGAAACCGAAGAUGGUGAUGGGUCAGGCAGUGCUUGUGAUUCUUCCAGUGACCAGUCAGUGGGCUCAUCAUGCACUGCACGGCCCCAGAUAUUUCGCCCCCGGGAACAGCUCAUGUUGAGAGCCAACAGCUUGAAAAAAGCCAUUCGUCAGAUUAUAGAGCAUGCAGAAAAAGCUGUGGAUGAACAGAAUGCCCAGACUCAGGAGCAAGAGGGCUUCCUCCUUAGUCUCUCAGCCUCUGAAGAGGGCAAGGAGCUAAGGAAUGAGGACAAAAUCUCCCUGCAGUCGUCACACAGCAGCAGCUAUGGAUUGUCCAAAGGGAGGAGCCAGAGGAAAGCAUCCAAGUCUCCUUGUGAAAGACAAAUAAGCAAAGGAAGUUUAUCACUGGGCAGUUCUGCAUCUCUUCCUCCCCAGACAGGAAACCGGGACAACUUGCCAAUGCUGAACACAAAAAUCCUCUACCCAAAUAUCCGUGCUGGCAUGUCCGGGUCUUUGCCUGGGAGUUCUGUCAUCAGCCGCUUGUUGAUCCAUGCUGAUCCCUUCAACUCUGAGCCUGAAAAUCUUGAAUGUUACACAGAGAAGUGUGUGAUGAAUAACUACUUUGGGAUUGGACUGGAUGCAAAGAUUUCUUUGGACUUCAACAACAAACGUGACGAGCACCCAGAGAAAUGCAGAAGUCGUACUAAAAACAUGAUGUGGUAUGGAGUACUGGGGACCAAGGAGCUGCUACACAGAACGUAUAAAAACCUGGAGCAGAAAGUGUUGCUGGAGUGCGAUGGGAGGCCAAUCCCUUUGCCCAGCCUCCAGGGAAUUGCUGUACUCAACAUUCCCAGCUAUGCAGGAGGCACCAAUUUCUGGGGUGGAACCAAGGAAGAUGAUACAUUUACAGCCCCCUCCUUCGAUGACAAGAUUUUGGAGGUGGUAGCCGUGUUUGGUAGCAUGCAGAUGGCAGUGUCACGAGUGAUAAACCUACAGCAUCAUCGGAUUGCACAGUGUCGAACUGUGAAGAUAGCCAUCUUGGGAGAAGAGGGAGUUCCUGUCCAAGUGGAUGGAGAAGCCUGGAUCCAGCCUCCAGGUUACAUCUGGAUUGUUCAUAAGAACAGGGCACAAACCCUGACCCGAGACAGGGCAUUUGAGAGCACCCUGAAGUCCUGGGAGGACAAACAGAAGUGUGAGUUGUCCCGACCGUCCUCUUUCUCUCUGCAACCAGAAAUCAUGUCUGAAGAAGAAUCCACCCAGAUCAACCAGUUUGGUCAAACUGCAGGUGCUCUGAUCCACAGCAUUCGGGAAAUAGCCCAAUCCUACCAGGACAUGGAACAGGAGCUUGCCCAUGCUGUCAAUGCCAGCUCCAAGUCAAUGGACAAAGUCUACGCUAAAUCCAAGUCUACAGAGGGUCUGAACUGCAGCCUUGUUGUAGAGAUGGUGAAUAAUGUCAAAGCCCUGCAUAAUGAGACGGAACUACUGCUGGCAGGCAAGAUGGCACUGCAAUUAGAUCCUCCCCAAAAAGAGCAGCUCCAAGCAGCCCUGGCAGACAUGGACCUCCAGUUGAGGAAACUGGCAUACAUCCCUUGGCUGUGGCAGCUUAUGGAGCCCUGUGAUGAGGAGAAUCAGAUGCUGGAUUAUUCUAAACGCAGCCGCAGCGGCAAAUUCCGGCUAGUGACCAAGUUUAAAAAAGAGAAGAAUAACAAAAAUAAGGAAACACACAGUAGCAUGGGAUUGCCGGUUCACCUCUGGGGAACGGAGGAGGUUGCGGCUUGGCUUGAGCAUCUCAGUCUUUGUGAGUAUAAGGAUAUCUUCAUCCGGCAUGACGUCCGGGGCUCUGAGCUCCUGCAUCUCGAACGGAGGGACCUCAAGGACCUGGGUGUGACCAAAGUGGGUCACAUGAAGAGGAUACUGCACGGGAUCAAGGAGCUGAGCCGGAGUACUCCUGCCAGCGAGGUUUAGCCUCUGUUUUCACAGCCUGUGUCUACCAUUCCCCCUAACUGCACAGCAGUCACCUCACAGAGCAGAUGUGCUCCCAACUGUCUCCACUGAACAGCCAAGUUGCAACUGUUCAGAGCUCAUAUCAACCAAGCAUGGUGCUACCUUUCUUUCCUGUGGGGUACAGCUGCAUCAAAUCAAGAGGCACCUUACCUGCAUUCAGGCAGAGCCUCCUGGGAGAGAACUUGAUUUCUGUUGGAAGAACUGUGUCCUCCAGUGUGGGAAGUUCUGGUUCCAGUGACAGUGACAGUGCAGGACUCCUGAGAAUUGCAACACAGCUACCUUUACUGGAUAAUUUCAUCACAGUACAGUUAUUCAGGGCAAAAGAUACAUUGGCCAGUCUUAGUUCAGAAGCAUCUGACAGUCUUUUUGAACUGAAAACUUGCCUGCUCAUUUGUGUGUCAUAUCUGUAGCUUGGAACAUUUAAGUGGAACAAAGCCUUGUCCUUGUCUUACUGAUCCCUUUUUAACACACCUGUAGUUGCAUGUGAUUUGUGUCAGAAAUUCCAAGCCAGUGCAGACCUCUCCUUGCUGAUGAAUACCUAGUGAUCCUCACUCAUGUAUCCCUCGCAACUAACAAUGCACGUGGUUAGAGCAGCUGCACCAAUGUGUGGUCUGCUGCUGGGCCUGGCUCUCUGCUCUCAGCCAGUCAAAUGGUACAACGUUGAGGUUUUCAGGCAUCACAAACAAGUGUUUGGAAGUUACUGAUGCUAAGAAAAGACAGUUCUCCAGAGCUGAAAGAUUACGAGAAAUCAGCUCUGACUGCAUUCGUCUUCAGGAGACAGAUGAAAGGGAGAAGAACACCAUCUAGCUGUUUGGGCCGUGCAAGAAGUGUAAUGGAACGAAGUGAGAUGUGGAACAAAUUCCUCCACUUCAGUUUGGGGAACAGCAUGACUGGCAGCAGUCAGGAGUGUCGUGCUGUCCAUUUGGUGCCACUGUGAUGGCUGCAGACAGCAAAGCUCUUGCUUUACUUCUACUUGUAUUUGCAGAAGAAUGUCACAAAAGAUACAGUCUAUCUGUAGAUUGGCCAUUUUCCCAUCUGUCUUGAUGGAAAAGCUGCUAGAAACUUGCUUCUUUCUCUUGCUGCCUUGCUCCUUCACUCCAAGUUGGAUACCAAAAGAUUAGGGUGGCUCAGUCCUCCUGGGUUGUAUCCCCAUGGGAGCAAUCAUGCUAUCAAACAUCAGGGCUCAUGCAAGAGCUUUGAGAGAAAGGUGAGCAGAAAAGCAUCGUAAUGAAAACUGGAAUAUGCUGGUAUGUAGCCUUUGGUAUCACCAACGGUGGAGUAUGGACAAAUCAGUGCCUCUAAAUCAGAGUUCCUAGAUGGCCUUCAAACUCCCCUGUACUGCCAGACCCCACUUGGGUGACUUACAGCCCAGAGACCAGCAUGCGUAAUCGUAUUGCCAUGUUCAUCACUGCAGAGCAAAUUUGGGAACAUUCAGUGCUAUAAAGCUGGAGAGACAGCAGGAAUUUUCAAUUACCUUGUAAUUUUGUACGUAAUUAUUUUUUUUCUAAAUUAUUUCAGUGCAGCACUUGUCUGCUUUUGGCUGCAGACAGUAAAAUGUUCACAUUCACAGUGGCAAAAAAAAAAAUAAUUUCCUGAGGACAUUUAUUUCCAUUAUUAUUGCUGAGCAUUUAUUUUGUCAACUUCACACCAGCUGUGUAAUCUGACAGCAGUCAGUCAAGUUAUUGUAUGUCAAGACUUGUCUGUUUCAAAAGGUUGCAGGCUGAUUUCAUGCUGGGCAAACUCCACUGCAACCUUUAGGACGUCGCCAAAAGUAGUUCCUACUCUCCCUAUCUUUUUUUAGCUCAUUCAUUCACUCACAUCUCCCUCAGCCUGGUGAGCUGGCAGGGUUUGCUCGUGACAAGCUGGAAGACAUGCCUGAAUAAGCUAGCAAAAAUUCUGGUAUAGGGACCAAGGAAAGAAUAGGUCCAGCUUUUCCCUAACUGCGUUCUUCCUAUCUGUACAUCAGCAGUUGCUUCACUGGCCGUAUUUUUUCCUUACCAGUACAAAAAUCUGUCACCUGGCAAUGUGUGUGGCAGGGAAGUCUGCAAAGGAGAGCCCAGCAGGGAGCACAAGGCAGGUCUUGGCUCUGGAGCUGGGCUGAGGUCUGUGUUUGCUCCUUUGGAUAGCAAUGGAGACGUGAAGUUUCUCCUAGGAACCUCAUAUUUAUGAACAGAUAGGGCUCCUCUCCACUCUUCCUGCUGAGAGUAACAAGGGAAAGCAAAGAGCUUUACAUGUGGGCAUGUUCCUUAGUGCUGUGCCUGAAGAGGCAUCCUGCCAUCUGUUCUGAUGGUGAUUCCUGCAGAGAUGAAUCUUCCUUUCUUUUUCAUUUAUAGUCUGUCUUGUGGAUCGGUUCAAAUGCUUUUUGUGCAGGUGCACCUUUUAUCAGAGCAUUCAUAGCCAGUUUAUCCCUGCCUGUUAUUGAGGGCAAGGAGGGGGUUCUGCCUUUUAAGAGCUAGAAAAUGGGAUCUAUAUUCAACCUGAGUGCCUUCAAAUAUUAAGGUUUCUGCCUAACAGAAGGGUUGUAGCUCUCUACAUCUCACUGGGAACAGUGCUGAUUUCUGCUGUAGAGAUGUGAGCAGAUGAGGACAAUCUGUCAAAUGUCAGUGAGAGCUUAUCUGCAAAGCAGGGAGCUGGGCUGAAUUUGGGCCAUGUUCAUCCGAGUUCCUCUUCUGCUGUCCCAUCAUUUCUGUAGUAGGAGAGAAACUCAGGAAGUACAGACAGUAAAAAAAUCUGCUUCACCAAAAAGAGACUCUCCUGCAGUCUCAGGUAAAAAAACACCAGCUUGAGAGAAGCUAAGCCACAUCUCUGUUCAGUCUCCUAAGAAAUGCUACUGUUGUGCAAGCCUUGUGCCACCUGCUGGUUAUCAGCCCCCAGUGCUGGCAGUGAGUGGGAAGGAGCUGAGCAGUGCCCACAGCAAGCUGGAAUAGCUGUCAGCCCAGUAUCUCAUGUUCUGGCCCCAGAAAUUCACCCUCUGUGGCAAAUUCUGGGGAUUUGGCAUAGCCCUGUGUUAUGAUGGUGUGGCUCAAUGGGGUUGCAGAGGGCACCAGAGGGAGGCUCAGCUCAUGAACCAGCUCCUGCUCUGACCCUGCCGAGGGCUCUUAGUCUUCCAGGUUAUCUGGUGGGAGCUUUUCCUGCUGGGAGCACCUUGGAAUGAUUCCGUGCCGUGUUGUAUGGAGAGCUCCAUUCCUUGCUUUAUAGUAUUUCCAUUUGUGCAUACUGUCUCUGUGAUUGAAAAAGACUGUUUACAAAAUAUUUUGUAUCUUCAGCUGCGCGUACUGUAAAAAGGAAAGGAUGGAAACGGAUGUUUUUCUACACCUGUCAGCAGUGACUGCAUGUCUGUGUCAUCAUCCAGCAACCGCUGCUCCUCAGGGGUCUCCCCGCCGUUCUGUGAUCCUGUCGGAAGCAUAGGGAAGCACAUGAAUCCCUGUACAGUCUUGGGAAGAAGGUUUUGUGCCUUAAGAGUGGAACCUGCUUCCCUCCUAUUUAUUGUGUUAAUUUAUACAGUGAUUAUCACGGAAAUGUCUCUUGUAUUAUUGUUUUGUUGGUUUUUUUUUUUUUUUGUACGUAGUUCACUGUUUGUUGUAAAUAAGUUUUUUCUUGUAUAUAAAGUAAACAUGUUUCUGAGCUUCCAGUAAAGAUUCUGCUACUGAUUUCAUUGUGUGAGAAGGCUGUGGUGCCCACCUGAUGGGAGCAGCUAAUAAACGUCUGUGCUGUGACAAA